AUGGUGAGUCUACUCUCUCCCUUCAAUUGGAAAUAUCUUCAGGCCUUCCGCAGCGUCAAGAACCUCGCUCCCCUUCUCGACCGUGUUUUGGUCCAACGUAUCAAGUCUGAAGCAAAGACUGCUUCCGGAAUCUUCCUUCCUGAGAGCUCUGUCAAGGAGCUUAACGAAGCUAAGGUCCUUGCCGUUGGUCCUGGAGCCCUCGACAAGGACGGCAAGCGAAUUGCCAUGAGCGUUGCCCCAGGUGACAGAGUCCUGGUUCCUCAGGUGCAACUGACUUUUCCCGCCCCUGGCAAUUGGUCUUUAUUACUUGGAGAAGAAGAAUACUCCUUGUUCCGAGACCAUGAGUACGUCAAUUCAAUCACUCCCGGUGCAGUCCAUAGAUCGAAAUUAACAAACCUCGCAACAGGUUGUUGGCCAAGUUCAGGGAGUAAAUAUACUCUAUCCGCUACGUUUUAA